AUGGGUUGGAGGUUUCUGCAAUUUAUUUGGCCAUUUCUUACUGGAAGCCUCUUGUUCUUUAAUGCCUUCUCUUACUCCGAAAAGGCCCCAUAUUUGACGUUCAUUAAAGAAGCAAAGUCUGCACCAGAAGUAUCAAUAUAUGACUACAUAGUGAUCGGCGGAGGAACAUGUGGGUGUCCCUUGGCAGCAACACUCUCAGAAGGAGCCACUGUCCUUGUUCUUGAACGAGGAGGCUCACCCUACACCCAACCUGACAAAGUCAACCUUAAAAACUUCCUCAAUUCCCUCACAGACACCACCCCAUCUUCCUUCGCCCAGCAGUUCAUAUCCACCGACGGUGUUCUCAAUGCCAGAGCCCGGGCCCUUGGCGGCGGGUCGGUAAUAAAUGCUGGGUUUUAUUCGCGGGCGGAGCCCGGGUUUGUGAGGGAAGCCGGCUGGGAUGAGGGGCUGGUGGAGGAGUCGUAUGAGUGGGUGGAGAAGGUGGUGGCGUUUGAGCCGACGGUGAGGCAGUGGCAGUCGGCGCUGAGAGAUGGGCUGAAGGAAGUGGGCGUGUUGCCUUACAAUGGUUUUAGUUAUGAUCAUUUGAUUGGGACUAAGGUUGGAGGCUCUAUAUUUGAUGACAGUGGCAGUAGGCAUACUGCUGCUGAUUUGUUGACUUAUGCUGAUCCCGACGCCAUUUCUGUCUAUCUUCAUGCCACUGUGCAAAAGAUUUUGUUUCGGGACAGUCCAGCAGGUGCGAUUGGAAGCCCACAAAUACUGAUGCUGAGUGGGAUUGGGCCAGCCCAACAUCUUCAGGCCCAUGGUAUUAGAUUGGUGUUGGAUCAGCCCAUGGUGGGGCAAGGCAUGGCUGAUAACCCAAUGAAUGCUUUGGUUGUGCCUUCUCCUCUGCCUGUGGAACUCUCUUUUGUCCAAAUUGUGGGCAUCACGAAGUUUGGAAGCUACAUUGAAGGUGGCAGUGGAUUGGGCUUGAGGGUUACUUGGGCUCUUGCACUUCAAAGGAUACUUGAGACUUUAUCCAAUAAGACGGGCCAACCCUCCAUGUUUUCCCCUCAAGCAAAUGAGACUAUGUGGAUGAAAACUUUUGGACCCCUUGGGAGUGUAAAUCUUAAAGGGGGGUUCAUAGUGGAAAAAGUCACGGGACCGCUCUCAAAAGGCCAUCUUGAGUUGCAUACCAUUGAUCCAAACGACAAUCCAUUAGUCACAUUCAACUACUUCAAGGAACCCGAAGACCUUAGGAUCUGUGUUGAAGGCAUGAAAACCAUCAUUGAUGUGAUAAACUCCAAAGCUUUCUCAAAGUUCCGAUAUAAGAAUAUGCCGGUGCAAGCCCUAAUUGACUUGGUCUUGAGCUUACCAGUGAACUUGAGGCCAAAACAUCCAAGUGCUGCUUUCUCUUUGGAACAGUAUUGUAUAGACACAGUCUUAACAAUCUAUCACUAUCAUGGAGGCUGUCUUGUUGAUAAGGUUGUGGAUCGAGAUUAUAAAGUUAUGGGUGUGGAUUCUUUGAGAGUUAUUGAUACUUCAACCUUCUUUAGCGCACCCGGGACCAAUCCUCAAGCUACUGUAAUGAUGCUCGGAAGGUACAUGGGGCAGAAGAUUUUAAGAGAGGAUAGCGAAGAGGUUACUUGAGUCCUUGUUUAAUGUUUGUCUUUCACUUUGCAGUAUCUUUCGUAUGUGUGUCCAAUCAAAGCAAUCAGAAAUCAAUGAUAUUUAAUUCACACUUAUUUCACUACAAAAAAA